GCGAUGUUGGUAAAGUAGCAACCUCUUUACCGAAAUGACAAAAAAGUUAGAAUAGCUUUAUCAACGUGAUCUGGGAGAGAUCAUCAGGACGAGGCUCUGGCUCUUUGCCGGGUUUAGGGUUUGACGGGACAAAGUCUCUCGACAUCAUGGGCGAUCUCGGUUUGAUCUGACCAAACGUUUCCGUGCUCCAGACGAGGCCGGCCAUGGCUACGAGCUUGCGACGCCCGCGUUCAGAGACGAGUGAAGACGAGAACUCCGAGGAGACAACUUUCGCGGAGGUCGUGUUUUCGUCCCUUUCCGGCGAUGCCUCGACACGUGUGCUUUCGGUCGGGGGCGGCAACCUCAGCUACGAGGUGUCCGCACUCUUAAGUAGCUUCGGAUAAGCCAGUCGGUGUGGGAAAUCACUUCAUGGAUUGCGCCGUCAUCGAGAAAAACCGUGAAGAGUUUGCGAACCUCUACCACCGAGAAGGCGGAGACCAGAACGCAUGCUCCAUCGAGGCCUUGGGCCAACGCGUUUUGUACGGUGUCGAUGCGUUUGAUCUACCGGCAACUACGCUGCGACGAGCGCACGAGACGCAGACAGGUCGGCCCGUCGAAAAGCUACAACCCGGAGAGAAGCCGACGCUCCUGCGACCAUCGCAGCCCGGCGCGGUCAGUGUAUCCGGCGACUACGAGGAGUAUUUGUGCAGCAAUGAAGACCCCACGACGGACGCCGACAGUGCCGCCUGCGUUCGGCCCUCGUACACGGUAAUUUUCUGGAACAAUCCGUAUCCACACAAGUUUACUCCGUCCUCAGGAACCAAAGGCAAAGGCAAGGGAAAAAAUGGCAAACGAGGAAAAGGAAAAAAGGGCAAUGGGGAGCACCCCCACGCCUGGGCCAACCGUGCGGGCCCGGAAUGGUUUCGCGGUUGUCGACAGCUCCUACAGCGUCACGUUGGCGGGUGCGUGUGUAUCAUGAUGAACCCGGACCAAUUUCAAGACGGCGGUUGGGAGAAUAGUGCAGAGAAGGCGGGUCUGGUUCUCGUCGAUAGCCUUCCGUUUCGGUCUGACACGGUGCCGCUGUACAAGCCAUCAUAUGGUGACGAGCGAUCUUUGCGCGACCCGGAAAUAGCCCGCAAGGUACAUACUAGCUGCUGCAUUCUUUACUUUUUAGCAGCUGACUGUCGAGCCGAAACCAACAUAAAGAGUCAAUAAAUAUCGAAUUUUUAAACUGUUCUUAUCACAGCAAGCAGAUUUCGUCAGCGACGAGAACACGCGAACCUACAGAUUUUGCUUGGCAGAGGAACAGUUUGACGCAGGGGUGGAGAAACUAAAGAAACUCGCAACCGCCAAACGCCGCAAGUUGAAUAAUAGCGUCGUCUCUGACCACGGCUUCAGCUCCGGUACGGAAGCACAGACCUCGCCUACUGUGUCCCCUACAGCUGCAUCGCUUUCCAGCGUUAUCUUCGGCGACGAAGUACCGCUAAGCGUCACUUCCGCGACCUACAGCGAUGGCCUUCGCUAUUUGGUACAUAUGUUUCGGAAGCACAGCUGCACCGAUGAAAUCGUCACUGUCGGCAAAGAGGAGUUCAACAAGUGCUGUGCGAGUUGGCAUUUUUUCCGGACUGGUUGCAGCCCGUUGCAGCUGACGCCGUUUCACCUGACACCAUCCAGACUGGUUGCCCGAUCCGUUUGCGCAAUGAUGAUCAAGAAGAAUUGGAGCAUGUCCGGAUACCUGUCCAACAAGAGCAAGAGUGUUGCGUUGGUAUUUACCCUGGAUAAGCAGCGUUGCAAGAAGAAGACCGCGGACCCAGUAAAUGCCGACGGCCGCAAGGGAAAUUUUUUGUGGAGUUGCGACGACGUGAUGUUGGAUUUCUUCGUAAAGUACAACAAGCCGUUGCUGCCCUGUCCCCUAGCGGAGGUGAAGGGCGACACUCGAGUGAAGAUUAUUUCUCGGAUCUCGUUGGACCAGGAGCAGGAUCAAAAUUGCGACGAGCGAAAUCUAGUCCGGUUUGAAAAGCGGACGCAGCGACCGCAGGACCCUGAUGUUCCUUGGAAAUACGCCUACCAGAUUCUCGAUGCGGAAGAAGCCGUCUUCUCAUUCCGUGGUGAUAAGUAAGGAAGAUUCCCAUUCAAUCAUUCAAAUUCUAAUUCAAUGUCAGUGCUUUAUGGUAAAAAAAUGCGUUUCGUUUCAUCUACUUCUUAUGCGUCCGGUUGCCAUCUUUGGCUUUGUCUCUUGCGUUCAUGAUUCUUAAUUUUUUCUUCCACAGCGUGAGCGGACUAUCAUUGAUCCAUAACUAAUCGAUUGUACAGCAAAGCACAAGGAAGUCCUUGCAGGAGGAUGAAAGCAUAAGCAACGCUAUGUAAACAAUUUUGCACAUCAUGAAUCGAACCUACAGCUCCUCCUGUUUCAUCCAAUUCAUGAGUGAGUAGUUGUUCCUGUUGUAUCAGCG